AUGGACAAGCUGUCAGACGCGGAGCAGCAGAGACUGCGACCAAUUGUGCCAGCUCUCCGGGGACUUAGCGCUCUGCAGAAGAGCCACACCUCUUCUCUCAGUGGCCGAGCGCUUGUCUCAGCACCGUCGCGGCUGCGCCGAGCAGCUAGCUUGCCCUUCCUGCCGUCAAUCCAGUCUGUGCGUCGGUCGAUGGCCGGUCUCCUUUCAUCCCGACGCUCCUCGCGAUCGGGCGACGGUGUGGACCUACGGGAGGCUCGUGGGCCGGGUGGCGAGCUCCCAGAACUAGGGCGUCGCGUGCUCCGGCAGACUGGAGGAUCUAUCAAAGCUCCGCGUCUGGAGGAUGCAGCUGCAGAGGAGGGCCCCCAUGCUCAGCGCGGCGAGCUCUGUCGCAAUCGCCUACCACACAAUCAGGAGCUGGAGCAUGUGGCAGACGCUCUCGUUCGAGAAGUGUAUCAAGGGUCAAUAUCCCUUGAGUUGCGGCGAGAUAUCCAAGCAGCUUGCGCCGAGGUCGGUUGGCUUGCGGAGUGCAUCCUCCAGUGCCCGUUGCCAGCCAACUGGCGGAAGGUUUGGAGGCCACGCAAGGACGGGUGCUUGCGCGAGCCAGUCUAUGUCGGACCAGAAGGUAUCUUCUCCGACACUCCUCCUCAGUUGUCGCACUUCGUGAGCUUGGCUUGGUGUGUCAUCUGGGCUCGCUUGCGGCCAACUUGCGCAGAGCAGAUGGCCAAGCACCUAGGUAGCAAAACCAAGGACCUGGGAAGGAAGGUGAGGAGCCUGCGGGAAUGCUGGACAGGCCCUCUCCUGGACCCUGCGUCUCACGAAGAGUUCUUCUACUGCGGCGCCACCGGCAUCCGUGUAUCUCAGAAUCCCUGCCAGGAAUUGAAUUUUGUGCUCCGGUGUGCAGAGCAGCUGCAGUCCAGCGGCGCCUUCCCAGUCAUGCCCUGUGGUGUGCCAGAGGAGGACAGCACUCGACGGGACACUGCCGAGAGUCAGGGGGCAGAAGCAGUGUGCAAGGAAGCCACACGGCCGGUGCAACAGUUGAGGAGCCGAAGCACUGGAGCUCUCUGCAAGUCUGUGUCAAUGGACGUCGAUGCCGUUCGAGGAUGUGCUAAGUGCCUACAAAAGCCACAGGUUCGAGCAGUGGGCGAUGGCCGGGCGCUUCCCCUUCGAUUUUGCCCACCCACAAGGCAGUUCCAGGUCGAAAGACAGCAGGUGGAGCGCUUGGAUCAGCUUUGUGCCUCAGCUCAAAUCCAGUGUUUCUGCCACGAAGUCGUGCUUCACAGUUCGGUGUCCCGUACUGAUCUCAUGUCAAGAUAUAUACUUAGAUGGAUCGGCAGAUAG